CAAAAUUGAUUGUCCAACUGUGGUGCUCCAUGAAGGAGAUGAGUUGAGAGAGGUUGUUGACUCGGCUGUCGCGUCUCGGUCACGAUUUUUGGCCUCGAGACAUGAUCGCCUAUCUUUCCCCUCGCUCUCCACGAUUUCUUCGCUGCUCUUUGCCGCUGACCACCUCCUUGACCAUGUAUUGACUUGGCAUGAUAAGAUGAUCAAGCAUCAAAUAUCUGUGACCGUACUCUGUCGAUUUCACUGAUAGGGCAGUCGCCGCUUUCCGAUGAGCCCAAAAGAUGCACUGGGUCGCUAGCACUGUACAAAAUCCAUGACCACACUCCACGAUCAACAUCGUCCCACCACGCAUAGCAAUGUCUACCACAACUGUGACCGAAGCUCCUACGAGCUACAAGCUCGAGCUACACACUGCCUACGGUCCAGUGUUCCGUGAUGUCUUGAAGGCUGAGCCUCGCGAUGCCACAGAGGAAGAAGUGCCCGUAGUCGACCUCGCCGGUCUCUUCAGCAGCCUUGAGAGUCGCAAAGAGAUCGCCAAAGCUGUUCGUAACGCUGGCACAAACAUGGGUUUCUUCUACAUCAAGAAUCACGGCAUCGAAGAAGAAAUUAUCGCGAAAGCAAAAUCCCAAUUUCUCACUUUCGUCAACCAAGAUACAAAAGCCAAAGACCAAGUCUCUCAAGACAAGUCCAAAUACUACAAUGGCUGGAAGGCUCCUCGUAGCACGAAUAUCUCCCGUACAGAAUCUGUCGACGUAAAGGAGAGUUUCAGCUGGCGUUAUCACCCCGAGAACGAUCCUGAUCAUCCCCAACCUCUAUCUUCUCUACCAGAAGAAGUGCAGCCAUGGAUCCGAGGCGAAGACUUUGUCUGGCAGGGAACAUCUCACCUCCCUAACUUCAAAUCAGAUGUAUUGACUUAUUGGAAAUCCUGCCUACAACUUGCUAGACAACUGGUCAAGGUCUUCGCGCUGAGUCUGGAUCUGCCCGAAGACUACUUUGACUCGAGAACCACAUUCCCUGGUGCUGAUGGCGUGAUGAACUACUACCCUGUCACCACGGCCGAGGAGACAGCUGCCAAUUCAGUAGGCUUGGGCUCGCACACCGAUCUUCAGCUGUUUACCCUGCUCUGGCAAGAUGAAGUCGGUGGUCUGCAGGUCUUGACAAAGGACGGCCAGUGGAUCAAGGCGAAACCAAGACCUGGCACUUUUGUCGUCAACAUUGGCGAUUUCAUGAUGAGGCUUUCGAACGACUUUUUCAAGAGUACGGUGCACAGAGUGUACAAUCGUGCCCCUGUCGAGAGAGUCUCUAUGCCCUUCUUCUUUGGUCUUAACUUCAACUGUGUGGAAGGUGUCAUUCCGACAUGCACGAGUCCUGAGAACCCUCCCAAGUACGAUCCAAUCAGCUGUGGUGAUUGGUGCCAACUUCGUUUCAAACUCGAAGCAGAACGUAUGGCGAAGAUGUUGGCGGAGCGUGAGGCCGCUACAAAGUAG